UAGACAGCUCUCUGCACUGCUAAAUCUCGUAGUCGAUGAAGUAGAGUCUACUGUAAAUACAGAUUGGAUACAGAUUUAAAACGAUCUAACAUUUCCAGUUUGUCGAGAAGUUAAUUCAGCAUUUUAAUGGAUACCCAUGUGUGAUAAAUGUACGCAUUUGAUUGUAUGCUUUGUCUGAUUUACAGUUUUUCCAAAUAGCCGAUCUAUGCUGAAUGGAUAUACAGUCAUGGAGCGAUCAUUAAUUAUAGUGGUGGUAAGAAAGCUUCGAUGAAAUCGGCCACUGUCAAUAAAUAAAUGGAGACUGCGAGGACUUCUAUGAGAAUGGGUAACACGUGUUCUAUAAAGAGGCUGAUACGAGGUUGACUUCAUUCACUGGAAACUUCAGGUAUGUCAUUAAUAAAAAACAUUGUUGUGCAAAAUAUACAGGGCAUAUGACCUUUUUCACACGAUUAAAUGGUUGGCAAUAGUUCAUAGAAAUAUUAUUUAUUUAAUUUACUAUAAAAGACAUGAUUGGCUGUUAUCUAUUGGUUGCUUACCUAUAUAGUUAUAUGGAUAUAAUUACUAUUCAAUUAAUUUGCCAUGAUGUGUAAUUUUUAGAUAUGGUAAAAUUUUAUAUACAGUAAUUAAUGAAUGCAAAUGGUGACAAUUAUACAAUAUAAUACAGUGUUUCAGAUAAGAAAUAUUCAUUUUUACUUGUAGUAUUUUUUUAAACAUAAGGGGCAGUCUAUGAGGGCAGCAUAACUUUAAUGAGUGUGCGCCAUAUUGACCACAGAUACAGAGCCUUCAGAAAGUAUUCCUACCCCUUGACUUAUUCCACAUUUUGUUUCUCCAGCCUGAGUUCAAAAUGGGUUAAAUAGAUUUUUCUCUCUCACCCAUCUACACACAAUACCCCAUAAUGACAAAGUGACCAUUUUUUGGUUGUUGACAUUUUAGCUAAUUUAUUGAAAAUGAAAUACAGAGCUAUCUCAUUUAUGUAAGUAUUCACACCCUUAAGUCAAUACAUGUUAAAAUCACCUUUGGCAGCAAUUACAGCGGUUAGUUUUUCUGGGCAAAUCUCUAAGAGCUUUGCACACCUGGAUUGUACAAAAAUGUGCACAUUAUUCUUUAAAAAAAUAUUCAAGCUCUGUCAAGUUCGUUGUUAAUCAUUGCUAGACAGCCAUUUUCAAGUCUUGCCAUAGAUUUUCAACAUUCAAUGUCGUCUUGGUAAGCAACUCCAGUGUCUAUUUGGCCUUGUAUGUUAAGUUAUUGCCAUGCUGAAAGGGGAAUUUGUCUCCCAAUGUCUGUUUGGAAAGCAGACUGAACCAGGUUUUCCUCUAGGGUUUUGCCUGUGCUUAGCACUAUUCCGUUUCGUUUUAUCCUUAAACAAAAGUCCCUAGUCAAUGCCGAUGACAAGCAUACCAAUAACAUGAUUCAGCCACCACCAUGCUUGAUAAUAUGAAGAGUGGUACUCAGUGAUGUGUUGUGUUGGAUUUGCCACAAACAUAAUGCUUUGUAUUCAGGGCAUAAAGUACAUUUCUUUGACAAAUUUUUUGCAGUUUUACUUUAGUACCUUAUUGCAAACAAGAUGAAUGUUUUGGAAUAUUUUUUAUUCUGUACAUGUAACGCUUGCCGUCUGGAGAAGGAGAGGAGGACCAAGGUGCAGCGUGAUUUGGGGAACAUGAAGUUGUCUUCAGUCAGAAUGGGAGUCGUCAAGGUCAUGUUGCUCAUCUUUUUGGCCAUUCUGUUGUCUGACUGUGCAAGGGGACCUCCGCGGAUGGCUGAGAGGGUGGCCCAUAGACAGUCAGUGCACCUGGGGAGUUCCAUCAAGCUGCCAUGCCCUGUUGAAGGAGACCCGCCACCCCUCAUCAUGUGGACCAACGACGGCCGCAACAUCCACAGCGGCUGGACCCGCUUCCGCAUCCUCCGCCUGGGCCUGAAGAUCAAGGAAGUGGAGGUUGAGGAUGCUGGAACAUACAUCUGCAAAGCCACCAACGGCUUUGGCAGCGUCAGUAUCAACUAUACUCUCAUUGUCAUUGAUGACUCUGGUGCUGAUAAGACUGGCCCAGGGGUCCCUGGUGGGGUGGAGUCAGAGUAUGACCCUGACCACCUAUCAGGAAAACUAGUGCGUCCCCGCUUCACACAGCCUGCUAAAAUGAGGAAACGGGUGAUCGCCCGCCCAGUGGGGAGCUCUGUGCGGCUGAAGUGUACAGCCAGCGGUAACCCUCGGCCAGACCUUGUGUGGCUGAAGGACGACAGGCCGCUGACGGAGCGCGAGGUUGGCGAGGGGCGCCAGAAGAAGUGGACUCUGAGCCUGAGGAACCUGACCCUGGAGAACAGCGGCAGGUACACCUGCAGAAUCUCCAACCAAGCCGGGGAGAUCAACGCCACCUACAAAGUGGAGGUCAUACAGCGGACCAACUCCAAACCCAUCUUGACGGGCACUCACCCGGUCAACACCACAGUGGACUAUGGGGGGACUACCGCAUUCCAGUGCAAAGUGAGGAGCGAUGUCAAACCCGUCAUCCAGUGGCUCAAGCGUGUGGAGUCCAACGAGGAGAGUCGGUACAACUCCACCAUCGAGGUGGGCGACCAUCGCUUCAUGGUGCUGCCAACGGGAGAGGUGUGGUCACGCCCUGACGGCUCCUACCUCAACAAGCUGCUCAUCACCCGCGCCAAGGAGGAGGAUGCUGGCAUGUACAUCUGUCUGGGUGCCAACACCAUGGGCUACAGUUUCCGCAGUGCUUUCCUCACCGUGCUGCCAGAAUCUGUCGAUUGCUCAAUGCAGCAUCAACAAAUAACCCACAGUGGUGAUAGUGACUCGAUCAAAGUGUUUGUGCGGGUGAGACCUCUGACCCAGGGGACUGGCCUGACCACUGAUGGAGACCAAGGCCUCUGUCUCACAGUCACCUCUCCCAACACCAUUCGCCUGCACUCCAAGCCGGAGCCACGGACAUUCACCUAUGACCAUGUUGCUGACAUGGACAUCACUCAGGAUUCUGUAUUCUCCAGUGUGGCCAAGAACAUUGUUGAGUCAUGUAUUAAUGGAUACAAUGGCACCAUUUUUGCCUACGGACAAACUGGCUCUGGAAAAACAUUCACAAUGCUUGGUCCGUCUGAUUUCGACAACUUUACUGAUGACCAACGGGGGGUUAUCCCUCGAAGUUUUGAGUACCUGUUUUUCCUUAUCAACAGGGAGGUAGAAAGGUCUGAGAAUGCCAAAAGCUUCUUGUGCAAAUGCUCCUUCAUUGAGAUCUACAACGAGCAGAUCUAUGACCUGCUGGACAGCGCCUCAGCCAGCCUGUUCCUCAGAGAGAACAUCAAGAAGGGGGUGUUUGUGGAAGGGGCUGUAGAGAAGUUUGUCACUUCAGCUGCUGAAGCUUACCAGGUGCUGUCGAUGGGCUGGCGUAAUCGGCGCGUGGCCUCUACCUCCAUGAACAGAGAGUCCUCACGGUCCCAUGCAGUUUUCACCAUGACUCUGGAGUCCAAGGAGACUGCUAAGGAGGUGGUGAACAUUCGCACAUCCCAGCUGAACUUGGUGGACCUGGCAGGGUCAGAGAGGCAGAGAGACACACACACAGAGGGUUCCAGACUCAAGGAAGCCAGCAGCAUCAACCGCUCCCUCAUGUGCCUGGGUCAGGUGAUCAUGGCGCUGGUGGAUGUGUCCAAUGGGAAGAGCCGGCAUAUCUGCUACAGGGAUUCCAAACUCACCUUCUUGCUUCGGGACUCUCUUGGAGGAAAUGCUAAGACCUACAUUAUAGCCAAUGUGCACCCAGGCUCUAAGUGCUUUGGGGAAACUCUAUCCACCUUACAGUUUGCCCAGAGAGCCAAGUUGAUCAAAAACAAGGCCAUGAUCAAUGAAGACACGCAGGGGAAUGUGAGGCAGCUUCAGACUGAGGUGAAAAAGCUGAAGGAGCAGCUAGCUCAGGCUCUCUCUGCCCAGACACACAGUGGGGGAGAUGUGGCCCCAGGAGGGCCCCAGAUUCCCAUUGACCUCACUGAAGGUGGUCUUGAUGCCUCAUACAAGACACAGUUUUUAGAAGCUGUGCGUCUGUGGAAAAAGUGUGAAAACGACAAGCAGAUGCUGCUCCAGAAACUGUCUCAGCUUGAGGAGGCCUGGUCCCAGAAGGAGAAGUUUAUUCACUCCAACCGCAUGAUUCUCAAGUUUAGAGAGGAACACAUCUCUCGCCUGGAGAAGAGCCUAAAGGGUGGCCAGGGAUUACUUUCUGACCCACAGAGCCAAGCCCUCGUCGACCAGCUCAAGGAGGAGAUCAAGAUCCUUCGAGACCAGAUUGCGCAUCACCCAAAGAUGACCCGGUAUGCAGCAGAGAACUACAGCCUCCGGGAGGAGAACCGGCAGCUCCGCUCUCUUGAGUCUGUGAGUAGAGCUGAGGGGGCUGCAGGCCAAGCUGCUGCAGAGCUAGAGGAGGAAUUCCAGAGGGCUCUGGAGACUGAGUGGUCUGAUGGAGCUCAGCCGUCUUACUCCACUCCGGUAACUGCAGAAAACAUCUCUGCCAUAUCCAUGGCGAGGCUGAAGGCCCAGUUUCUCCAGAAACAGACAGAACUCACAGCCACCAUCCAAGCCUUCGAAGAGUAUAAGGAACUCACCAAGAAACAGAUGUCAGAGUUGGAAUCAGAGAAGAGGUACCUGGAUAAGUCCAACAAGCACCUGGAGAACAUUCUGGAGGCCACAAAGGCUCACAAGAAACUGGAGGUUUCUCAGCUGAACAAGAUCCACUUUGAAACUAUCAAGAUUCUCACCACCCCCACCAAGGCCUACAACCUGCGGACCCGCCUGGUGCCACUCUCCAGCCCCGACCAUCUGAAUGUGAACGGGAGAGGAGAUGACGACGUGGAUGACAUCCAGAGUGAGCAGCCUCCACCAGCUAUGACUGAGAUGGCUUGUGAGGCGCUGACUGAGGAGCUGCAACAGGUCCAGGAGCAAGCCAGUCAGGUGCAGACUCUGCUGGACCAGGAGGAGCUGAAGAGCAGGAAGCUGCUGCAGCAGAUUGUCAAGCUGGAGGAGCAGGUGACUGGGAUGAUAGAGGAGUUCAGCUGCAAGGAUGAGCUGCUCUCCACUGAGCGAAGUGGCUGGAACAGAGAACAGCUGAGCCUGCAGGAGACUAUCAGCAACCUGGAGCUGAACCUAAAGGCAGAGAGAAGCACCAGGGAGGUUCUGAAGAGCGAGGUGCAUGACCUGCGCCUGGUGCUUCAGUCCUCUGAUAGGGAGCUGGCUGCUGUGAAGAAGGAGCUGUGUGAGGGCCAGAGUGAGCAGCAUAAGGAGACGGCACACCUCUCUAGCAGCCUGAUCAGCACUCAGCUACAGCUCCAAGAAGUCCAGCGGGAGUGGGAGCAGCUCCUAGAGCAGCAGCGGUCCCUGCAGGAUGCCUUGGACCAGCUCCAGGCAGAGGCCAAGUUUGAUGCAGACCAGUCCAGGCAGCAGCUAGAGGAGAAACGGCAGGAGGUCACAGCUCAGCAGGCCCAAAUCACGGAAUUGACAAACGCUCUGCAGUCUGAAAGAGAACACACCAGUAAUCUGACCUCCCAGUUGAAAGAGGAUAAAGAGAGCACUUUAGAAGAGCUUGUUCAGACAAUGGAGCAGAAUGCAGUGCUGAGGAAGAAAGUGUCUGAGCUGACUACACAAAGCCGACAACAGGCUUCUAAUAUGGAAAGCCUUGAACAAAAUCUGACAACUGCCAAUGGGACCAUAACCAGUCUUGAGCAAAAGAUUGAACAAGACAAAGAGUUUGUGCUGGAGCUGAUCAACCAGACCAGGGACCUCCGCAGUGAGCUGGGCGAAAAGGACCAGUGCCUCGCCAUGCUGUCUGGAGAUGUCAAGGACCUCACGGUUAAGUACAGUGCUGCUUGCUCUGAGAGAGAGGAGAUCAAGGAACACAACAACAGGAUGCAAGCAGAGCUCCAGGACCUGAGAGAAGCAGCCGAAAGGAAGGUAGCUUCUAAUCUGAUAGAGGUAGAGGUGCUUCAGGAGGAGGUGGUCUAUGCCACUGAGGAGGUGGAGCGACUCACCAAGGUGUUAGACGAGCAGGCAGGUCUUCUCCAAGCUUCACAGGAUCAGACUGCUCAGAAGGAGGCUAUCAUCCAAACUCUCCAGGAGAAGUUAAAACAACAGCAAGAAGCGGUUGAGAGGACUGUCCGAGGCGAGAGUGCCAAUCGUAUUCCACAGUCAUCCGUCACCCCUAAAGUGCUGCCACAGACACCUCACACCCCCCGGAGCUUCAACACUGAUCUGAGCCAGGUGCUGGAGUGCCAGGAGAGGGAGCUGGAGAACCGACGCUCCUCCAUGUUGACUAUGGAAGUGCUCCUCACUGAGCUCAACUCUGAAAGGGCCGCCAAGAACGAGGAGAUCCAGAGGCUCAAGGGUCAGCUGAAUGAGAAGGAAAUAAUGCGAAUGGAGAUCCAAGUUCUUCUUGACCAGUUCUACACCAAGCAGAACCAACUGGCUCAGAAUGAAAACAAAAAUUGUGAUGUUUUAAACGAGGCCAUUAGUCAGAAUGUCUUGAGGGAGCUGCAGGAGGAGAGGCAUGAAAAGAGCACAGUAAUACAGAGGCUCACUGAAGCUCGGGAAAGACUGCAGAGUCAGGAAUCCCUACUGGCCCAGUCUCAGACCUGUGUCCAGGAGCUGACUAACGAGCUGAGGAAUCGCUGCCUGGAGCUCAGAGAGCUGAGCCGUAAGGAGCACGACAAGGAGAGACUGCUUCAGGAAGUGGAGGUUCUUCGGAAGCAGGUUGACCACUUGUCUGAGGAGAACGGCAAGCUUGUGGGCCAUAAGAACCAUAAGCAGAGGAUUGAGUACCUGGUUAAGCUAAAAAAGGAGAAUACCAAACUUCAAGAGGAAAAUGAAAAACUCAGAUCGGAAAUGAGUGUGCGAGAAAAUGCAUGAAGCUUGGAGAGAUUCUCAUUGGCCACUCAACAUUUCUUGUUGACUGCGAACAUGUCCCCAAAAACAUAACCUUUUCCCAUUUUGAGUUGACUGAUAACCAUGCUAUUGUAUCAUCACAUAGGAUAAACAUGACCUGUUUCAAAAACUGUGAUUCUCUCAAAUGUAUUUUAAUAUUUCUAUAUGAAUAUACUCCUAUUUCUAAGGCUGGGCUGGCCAAUACAUUGUGUUUAUUUUUACUGCAAUAUGUAUAAUUGAGGUAGGUAUGCAUCUCAUUGGAUCUUAGUAUCCCAUGAUAUUUCCACUAUACCUCUGCAGGCUAAAACAUAGGCUACUUGUUCUCACCUGAAGCCAGUGUAGCCCCCUAGGCCACAUUUAAAUGAAAGCCAUGCCACAGCGUCAUCUGCAUUCAUAUCUUACACUCGUUUAUAUGAUAUCAUCCUUUGUAUUGUAAUUGUUUUGAUAAACAUUUUGGUCUAUAAUCGCCCAGCCCUAGUGUUUACCACAUUGGCUACCAGAGAUGCCACAAUAGGGUAGUCACAUUGUUUAACAACUGAUCUGCUGGAUUAAAUAUAUUUCAAAACUGUAAAUAGAUGUUCUCUGUAGUAGAAUAAUAAGUCAUACGGGUGAAUUUGCGAUUUUGUCCACUUGAUCAUAAACGAAAUAUAGAAUUUGUUUUUGUUACCAUUAUCUUGUCUGUUGGCGCAAUGUGUGUCUUGUUUUACUUUUUCUACUAGUCUCAUCUAUGGCUUUAGAAUAAGUGACAGGAUCAUGUCUUUGGACAGGGUGCAAAUAAUUUCCUAUUACUUUAUGCUAAACUGUGUACUGCUUCUUUCUACCAUUUCUACUAUUUGUAAUAUGUGUUAAUGAGAUAAAGAAAUCCAAAUGUA